CGUCACAACAAAGUGGAUUGUGAACUAUUCCUCGCUUUUCGUCUACUUCGUCACUUAGCCGAAUCCCGAAUUUCAUAACACGGCAACAGUUACUGGUAAAAUAUAAUGCUUUGGUUCUCACACAAAAAUGUUUCGACUGGAAUCCUGCAAACACCUACUUGCGAGUCGCUUAGUCAGUUCACGUACGCUGGGAUCGGCGCUUAGAACCUUUACCUCCGGAACUGUUGCAAUUGAUCACCGGAUUCGUCCGAGUUUGUCAGUUAGAUCACCAUGCAUUAGUCUGCACAAGCUAAAUCAAUUCAACAAUGAGUGUCGGGCUAUCGUACGGUUAUUUUCUCGUUCGUAUGGAAUUCCGCACCACAUUCUAACUCGAAGGAUUCAUAGUUCGGCGGAAAGUAAACAACAGCAACGGAACAACAAUGCUGCCGGAGGUUCGAACCGUCCUCCCUCGGGAGACGGUAAAAAAGAUAACGACGACAAAGAGAAGAUGAUGUCAGUGGUGACAAAAACGCUAGUUUGGAUGAUUACAAUCUACGCGCUAGUGGCGUUUCUGACGAUGGUAGUCCCGAACAGAAACCGACCGGAAACCACCACCCGGUACGUCAGUUGGCAUGAGUUUGUCCAUCAUAUGCUGGCAGUGGGAGAGGUAAAGGAGGUUGUGGUUCAUCCCGACAUGGAGAUGGUAACGAUUUUGCUUCACGAAGGUGCAGUGAUCAAAGGAAGACGGACGCAUUCCAACAUCUUUCACAUGGCAGUGGCGGACGUUAACAAGUUCGAGGAAAAGCUACGCCUGGUGGAGAAACGUUUGGGCAUUAAGGAUGGCGUUUCGGUACAGUUCGAACGUAGUGGUGAUGUCAGUGGUAAAAUUUUGUUUACCCUGAUUGCAACCGGCGUGAUUAUUGCGCUGUUAAGCCGGAUGCGGGGAAUUCGUGGUCCGAUCAGUAUGGAUUCUUUUACGCAAAUGGGUCGAGCGAAAUUUACUCUGGUGGAUCCGGUGGAAGGUGGCCGUGGAGUUUGGUUUAAAGACGUUGCUGGUUUGCAGGAAGCUAAGCUUGAGGUGAAAGAAUUUAUCGAUUAUUUGAAGGCACCGGAACGUUAUCAACGUCUAGGGGCAAAGGUUCCCAAAGGCGCUCUGCUACUGGGUCCCCCCGGAUGUGGUAAAACACUGUUGGCGAAAGCGGUGGCCACCGAAGCACAGGUUCCUUUCUUGAGCAUGAAUGGCUCGGAGUUUAUUGAAAUGAUAGGAGGUCUAGGAGCUGCUCGUGUGCGGGACCUUUUCAAAGAGGCCGGUAAACGUUCGCCUUGUAUAGUUUAUAUCGAUGAAAUUGAUGCAAUUGGAAGACAGCGGGAUGGCGGUGGUAGCUUCAGUGGAGUUAGUUCAGGAGAAUCGGAACAAACACUGAAUCAACUGCUUGUCGAAAUGGAUGGCAUGGCUUCCAAGGAAGGUGUUCUUAUGCUGGCCAGUACAAACCGGGCCGAUAUUCUGGACAAAGCUCUACUGCGCCCGGGACGAUUCGACCGACACAUUUUGAUUGAUCUUCCGAAUUUGAUAGAACGGAAGGAAAUUUUCGAAAAACACCUUUCUGGAAUCGCUCUGGAAGCUGGCCCGGAAAAAUAUUCAUCUCGGUUAGCAACGCUAACGCCUGGUUUCUCGGGAGCAGAUAUCGCUAACGUGUGUAACGAAGCCGCACUUCAUGCAGCGCGUUCUAGCCAGAAGACAGUAACGACUUCCAAUUUGGAGUAUGCCGUCGAGCGAUUGGUUGGUGGAACGGAAAAACGCUCGCACGCUCUGACGCAAACUGAACGACGCGUAAUCGCAUUUCACGAAUCGGGUCAUGCGUUAGUCGGUUGGUUGCUACCGAACUCGGAUGUACUACUCAAGGUGACCAUUGUUCCUCGAACCAGCUUGGCGCUCGGUUUUGCCCAGUACACCCCGAAGGAGCAGAAACUUUACAGCAAAGAGCAACUGUUCGACAAGAUGUGCAUGGCGCUAGGAGGUCGGGCGGCCGAGAAUAUUACAUUCGAUCGGAUUACCACCGGAGCACAGAAUGAUCUGGAAAAAGUAACCAAAAUGGCAUAUGCACAGAUCAAAUACUUCGGCAUGAACGGCACCGUAGGCCCAAUCUCGUUCACCGAGGAGAGCGAGGAAAAUCCGUAUGCGGAUAAACCUUACUCGAAACAUCUGGGUAAUGUGAUCGAUCGCGAGGCACGACAGAUGAUCACCGAGGCGUACGAGCGAACGGAGCAGAUUUUACGUGAAAAUGUUGACAAGCUGCGUACGCUUGCCGAAGCUUUGCUCGCAAAAGAAACCCUCAACUACGACCAAGUAGUCGAACUGAUCGGCCCGCCGGCGUACGACGAUGCAAAGCGUAAAAUCGAUCCCGUUGAAUUCGAAGAUAGCUUAAAGAAAUUGUCAGUCGGCAAUGGAGAUGAUGCAGGCAAACCAUCGACAGUGUAAAUCAAUUAAUUGUUGAAAAAUAAACUUACCCUUUGUAGCCUUCAGUCCAACGAAA